UGUACAACAUGGAAGUGCAUUGGAUCUUUGAUGCUGGAAAUGCUGAAUUGGCAUAGGGCUUCUGUUUUAUUGAAAUAGUUUCGCUUUCAUCAUCGGUCCGCUUCCUGGUCAACAUAAUCAAAAGGACUAGUCCGCACCGGGGAAAACAGAAUCCACGGACUUACUUUCUUUUUUAAAGAAAGUGUUUGCUGUGGCUUUCAAUGGGACAAUAGGGGCUCCUUUCCGCUCUUCAGUGAUGCCAACCGUUGUUGAAAUCUAGAGGUUAUAUCCAGCAGAAAAAAUCCUUUCAUUGGAAAUCCAUGAAAUGUCUGCAUAAAUGGAAAUGUCUGCAUAAAACAAGAAUACUUCGAUGAAAUAUGGAAUAUUUUCAUACAUUGUGUUUAAGGUAGCUAUAAAAUCAGCAGCACUGUCACUCUCUCUCUCUCUCUCUCUUAUUCUCUCUCCCUCUCGCGGAAUGCGGAAGUCAACUUGUGUGCAGGAGCAUAUAAAUAGCAGCACCAAUCGCAGGACUCGCUCACUCUGCUCGGAGAGCUUGGAGUGGACUGACUGCCAGCGCUCCGCCGACGCGCCUCAAAGUAGGCAACAACAAACACCGAGCACUCUGUUAUUUUGCGCAGUAUGGGCCUGCUACGCUGAGUUACUACUUGCUGUCAUGCCAGGAAGCUGAGGUCCACAGGCAGUUCGGGAUCUGGACAAGAUGGAGGCCACGCCGGGCUACCAGGACAUCAGCGCUCUGGAAAAAUCGGUGGCCAAUGCAGGAUCGCAGCUCUACACGAUGGCCCACAAGCUGCAUGCGGUGGAGCGCAGCCUCGAGCAGACGACGAUGGAGCAGAUGGACGAGAUGGAGGUGCUCGAGUUGCUCGAGUCGAUGAGCGAGGUGACCAACGAGUACCAGAAUCUGCGCAAGGACAUUCGCGAGGUGCAGCAGUUGCAGCGUGACGUCAGCAGCUCCAUACGGUACCAAAUGCGCAGCAUGCAGCAGACUUUCCACACGCUAAAACAGCGCAUAGCCAGCUCCCAGAAGGGGCGCAAAAAGCCAAAGAAAGGCCUCGAUGAAGCUACAGCUGGAGCAGGGCAUGGGAUUCAUGAAUAAUCAAUGACCUCAUAUUGAUUGGCCUCCCUGGCAAAUAGGUGCGGUAAAUGUAAAUGUGUCAAGGGGGACGCAAAUGUAGGGACUAAAUUGACACCAAUCUGAAGCAAUCAACUGUGUAACUAUAUAUCGCAAACCCACUCCAAGCAUUUAGACUCGGAAACAGGUCCUAUACUUUAUAUACAUGUAUACACUUGAAGAAAUCCACACCCAAAUGUAUGCGCAUUAGGGUGUUUUUUUUGUUGUUAUUUUUUGUGGUGUUUUAUUCCAGUGAUAGACAGGAAUAUUGAAAACUCACUGCUCUAAGAACACAAAAACACAAUGCUUAACAUAGAGUGAGCACCAUACCGUGUACGAUGAAUUGGAAUGUCUGAAUGUCAGAAUGCACUUUUCCAAAUUUUGCCUUAACAUAAUAGUAUUUUGAGGUAGUUUUUGAUACGACACGUUUUAAAAAGUAAUAUAUAGCAUAGCAGACCGUACAUAUUUAGGCCACACACAAUGAUUAUUCUUGUGUUCGUUUCACUUUUGGAGAUUUAUUUGUUGAGCUCUAGAGAAAAUAAACGUUAGUUGAACCUCAA